ACUACUACAUAUUAAAAAAACUUCCAGGUCCCCCUUCAGCGAAUUUCAUAAUCGGAAACAUGAACUACCUUCAAGCUACUCCAGAAAUCAUGUUCCACCGACUUAGAGAAGCCUUCAGACAUUUCUACCCAAUUUACAAACUGUACGCUUUCCAUAAAAUCUCAGCUAACAUUCUCAGUCCGGAAGACUGCGAACUAAUCAUGUGCAACCCAAUCCACAACCGAAAGGGACAAGUUUACGACUUGAUCCGAUGGUGGUUGAAAGACGGUCUUCUCACCAGCGAAGGCCCCAAGUGGCAAGCCCGCCGCAAAAUCCUCACCCCGGCUUUCCAUUUCAGUAUCUUACAACAAUUCGUCCAAAUUUUCAACGAAGAAGGCGAAAAGUUAGUCGAGGUGUUAAAACACGAGUGUGCCAAGUCGUACGUUAACGUGACCCCGCACAUCACGCAGUUCACCCUAAAAACGAUCGUUGAAACCGCAAUGGGUACUAAAUUGCAAUUUCAAACCCAAGAAGAGAAAAAUUACAAGCAAGCCGUGUACGACAUCGGGCAAAUUCUUAUCUACAGAAUCAAGCACCCGUGGUUCAUUUACCCAAUUUUAAACUACUUCAGCCCGUGGUACUUCCAAGAACGCAAAGUCACCAACACGUUGCACAAAUUUUCGCGAGAUGUGAUACGCGAUCGGGAAAAGAGUUUCAGCGAUAUUGAGGUACCGAAAGACGAUGUGUACAAAGGUAAGAAGCGUCUAGCGAUGUUGGAUUUGUUGCUUUCGGCCAAAAUGGAAAGGUUGAUCGAUGAUGAAGGAGUCCAGGAGGAAGUGGACACUUUUAUGUUUGAGGGUCACGACACUACUGCUGUCGCUCUAGGUUUCCUUUUGAUGCUGAUAGCGUGCCAUCAAGACAUCCAGGAGCAAAUCGUCCAAGAAAUGUGUGACGUUUUUGGUGAUUUGAAAACAAGACCGACGUAUUCCGAUUUACAAAGUUUGAAGUAUAUGGAACGGUGUAUUAAAGAAAGUCUCAGGUUGUACCCUAGUGUCCAUUUUAUCACUAGGACUUUAGGACAGGAUGUGAGGACGCGUAGUGGAUAUUUGCUACCUAAAGACACUAUUGCUGUUAUACAUAUCUACGAUGUUCAUCAUAACCCGGAUAUUUAUCCUGAUCCUGAGAAAUUCGAUCCUGAUCGUUUCCUUCCAGAUAAUAGUCAAAACAGACAUCCUUUUGCGUUUCUGCCUUUUAGUGCAGGCCCUAGGAACUGUAUUGGCCAAAGGUUCGCCAUGUUGGAACUAAAGUCUGCAUUGUGCGCCAUUUUGGGGAACUUUGUUCUAGAGGCUGUGGACACUCCAGAAACUAUAGUAGUGGUGGUUGAUAUAGUCCUUAGGACGAAAGAAGGAAUCAAGAUUAGGCUUGUUCCUAGGACCUAAUCAACAAAUCAAUCACUGGUGUUAUCAGGGUGAUUGUUGUCACCUCUGAUUAAUAAACGAAUGUCAUGUAGUGUUUACACUCUCCAUAAUAAACAAAUA